UUGGGUGUGGGGCAAAGCGGGGUAGGUGAAAGGAUGACGUCAGCCGCCUCCGCACCUGGACCCAGCCUCUCCGAACCAAAAUGUUUUCUGGGGCGUCUCCAGGGCUCCGGCCUGCACAGCCUCCUCCCGGUCUCCUGCCUUCUCAGCCCAGUAGCCCCCGAAGGAGGGCCGGAAGGGAGUGUUGCUGAGCCCUGGGGACUCCCUAGGACCAGAGAAGCAGAGGUUCUCCGGAAGGUUCCAGAACCUCCCUGGAGCGCCCCCACCAGGCAGCAAUGCAAGGAUGCCCGUCUCUGCCUCGCUCCACCAAGAUGGCAGCCAGGAGCGGCCCGUGAGCCUGACCUCCACCACCUCCUCGUCAGGCUCCUCCCGUGACAGCCGCGGGGCCAUGGAGGAGCCCAGCGGCUCCGAGGCUUCGGCCAAGAACGGGGCCGGCUCCCCGCGCGGCCGGCGUCUCCCCAGCAACAAUUCCAGCAGCUGGCUGAGCAUGAGGGGCCCCCUGUCCCCUUUCAACAGCCGGGCGUCGGUAGCGCCUGCGCACAAGCUCAGCUACGUGGGUCGAGUAGUGCGGGAAAUCGUGGAAACGGAGCGCACGUACGUGCAGGACCUGCGCAGCAUCGUAGAGGACUACCUCUUGAAGAUCAUUGACACGCCUGGGCUGCUGAACCCGGAGCAAGUCAGUGCCCUUUUUGGGAACAUAGAAAGCAUCUACGCACUGAACAGCCAGCUACUCAGAGACCUGGACAGCUGCAAUAGUGACCCGGUGGCUGUGGCCAGCUGCUUUGUGGAAAGGAGCCAAGAGUUUGAUAUCUACACCCAGUAUUGCAACAACUACCCCAACUCAGUGGCCGCCCUCACCGAGUGCAUGCAGGACAAGCAGCAGGCCAAGUUCUUUCGGGACCGGCAGGAGCUGCUGCAGCACUCACUGCCCUUGGGUUCCUACCUCCUAAAGCCAGUCCAGCGCAUCCUCAAGUACCACCUGCUACUCCAGGAAAUCGCCAAACAUUUUGAUGAAGAAGAGGACGGCUUUGAGGUGGUAGAGGAUGCCAUUGACACCAUGACUUGCGUGGCCUGGUACAUCAACGACAUGAAGAGGAGACAUGAGCACGCAGUCCGGCUCCAGGAGAUUCAGUCUCUGCUCAUCAACUGGAAGGGGCCAGACCUGACCACCUAUGGGGAGCUCGUCCUGGAGGGCACAUUCCGCGUACACCGUGUGCGCAACGAGAAGACCUUUUUCCUCUUUGACAAAGCACUGCUCAUCACCAAGAAGCGGGGAGAUCACUUUGUCUACAAGGGUCACAUCCCGUGCUCCUCCCUGAUGCUGAUCGAGAGCACCAGAGAAUCCCCGUGCUUCACCGUCACACACUACAAGCACAGCAAGCAGCAGUACAACAUCCAGGCCAAAACUGUGGAGGAGAAACGGAGCUGGACUCACCACAUCAAGAGGCUCAUCUUGGAGAACCACCACACCACCAUCCCCCAGAAGGCCAAAGAAGCCAUCCUGGAAAUGGAUUCCUAUUAUCCCAAUCGGUACCGCCACAGCCCAGAGCGCCUGAAGAAGGCCUCCCAGGAUGAGGCGUCCACCCAUGUGCACCAGGGGCGCCGGCAGUCUGAGCCUGGUCAGCUCCUGUACAACCGGGCAACACUCCCCAGCAGGCAGCGAGGCUUCACGGUGCCAGGCCUUAAGGGCCAUAGAAAGUCGGAGCCAUCCAGACAUCUGCUCAGGCAACACAGCGAGAAAGCCAGAGCAGCAGGAAUGAAGCAUGCGGGCAGUGUUGGCAUGCUCCUGGACUUUGAACAGCCCCCCUGUGCUCGGGGCCUGCAGUCGGAGGCUGAAGGGGCUGCCCGGGAGGAGGAGGAGGAGGAAGAACAGGCCUUUCAGGUGUCCCUGGAGGACCUGGCAGGGCAUGAAGGCCGCGAGCAGGGGGCUGGGCCAGAGCCCCCAGGCGAGGAGGAGGAGGAGGAGGAGGAGGAGGAGAGCCUGGCAGUGGCGGAGCAGGUAGCCGACUUUGCCAGCUCCCUGCUGGCCGCCCUCCACUGCUGGCACUAUCGGGCCAACGCUCUACUUUUCUCCCGGGGCGCUAUGGGGAAGGGGCACAGGGAGCCCGAAGACCCCAAGAGCUGCCGAAGGCCCAGCAGCCGAUCUCCAACCACCGCUGAGAAGUGCCUGAGCUUUGAGUCUGUGUCUUCCCUGCCGGAGGUUGAGCCAGACCCUGGGUCUGGGACAGAGCAGGAGGAGUCUGCUGCCACGGAAGGUCCCAGGACCGAGGAGAUGCCCUCAGACACAGAGGCCCCAGAAGUCCUAGAAAUGCAGCUUGACACCCACCAGCUGCUGCUGGGACUGGACCCCCCGGGUGACGUGGUGGACUUCAUGGUGGCCGACAGCACCGAGGACCCGAAGGUCCUGAGCAGUGAGGACGAGGAGGAGGAGGUGGGGGCCGCCCACGAGCCCGAGAGCCUCCUGCCUCCCUCUGUGCUGGACCAGGCCAGCGUCAUCGCCGAGCGGUUCGUCAGCAGCUUCUCUCGGCGGAGCAGCCUGGCGCUGGAGGACGGCAAGGCCAGCGGCUUCGGGACCCCGAGGCUGACCAGCCGGAGCAGCAGUGUGGUCAGCCUAGAGGACAGUGAGAAGGGCCUGGCCCGACGAGGGAGCACCACAGACCCCCUGGGCUCUCAGCUCCCUCCAGAAGCGGACAUCAGUGUGGGGGUGGCCGCAGAGAGUGACCCUUCUGUCAACGGGACAGAGACCCAGAGCCCAGGCUGCCCAGCGGAGCCAGACAGGCCUUCCUGCACGAAGGAAUCGAAGCUUUCUUCCCGAGACCGGCUGUUGUUGGACAAAAUCAAGAGCUACUAUGAAAGUGCAGAGCACCACGACGCAGGCUUCAGUGUCCGGCGCCGGGAGAGCCUCUCCUUCAUCCCCAAAGGACUGGUGAGAAACUCAGUCUCCAGAAUCAACAGCCUUCCCAGGCCAGACCCGGAGCCAGUGGCUCCGCCGGGGCAUAAGAGACAGGUGGGUUCGCGGGCAGCCUCGUGGGCCCUCUUUGACUACCCAGGACCAGGCCAGGCUCAUGCUGGGGACCCAGCUCCCAUCACAGAUGCUGAGUUCCGCCCGUCUUCGGAAAUUGUGAAGAUCUGGGAGGAAGUGGAGUCUCCUGAGGGCAGCCCUGGGAAGGGACCAGGCCAAGGCCAGGCCAAUAGCUUUGACCUGCAUGAGCCCCUCUUCAUCCUGGAGGAGCGUGAGCUGGGGGCCAUCACUGAGGAGUCGGCUGCUGCCUCGCCGGAGCGUGCCUCCCCCACUGAGCCCCCCAGCCCGGCCCACCUGGCCCGGGAGCUGAAGGAGCUGGUGAAGGAGCUGAGCAGCGGCACCCAGGGGGAGCUGGUGACCCCACUACAUCCCCGCAUCCUGCAGCUCUCCCAUGUGAUGGACAGCCAUGUGAGCGAGCGAGUCAAGAGCAAGGUCUACCAGCUGGCUCGCCAGUACAGCCUCCGGAUCAAGAGCAAGUCGGUGACGGCCAGGCCACCGCAGCCGUGGGAAAAGGUGGCUGCCACCACCCCCUACCUGCAGCCGGAGGCUGGAGCACCAUCUGCUGGCAGAGGGGUUCAGGCGGCUCGCUGUCUCCUCACAGGUAAGAGGAAACCGGUGCUGUCUCUCUUCAACCACGAGCAGCCCACGGCCCAGGAACACAGCCCACCCAAGUCCGGCUCUGCCAGGGAGGUAUCGCCACGGCGUUUCUCCUUCAGCUCCUUGGCCACCAGCCCGAGGACCACCUCGCCUGGGGCCUGGCACAUCCCCCGAAGCCCCCUCAGCCCCUUGGACACCGAGACUUUCAACUGGCCCGACGUCCGAGAGCUCUGCUCCAAAUAUGCCUCCCAGGACGAGGCGCUCCAGGCCAAGGGCAGCCGGCCGCGCAACCUGCCCGUCAACCGGAGCCACUCGCUGCCGGAGAACAUGAUGCAGCCGCAGCCGCCCCUGUCGGGGAAGGUGGGCCGCUGCUGCAGCCUGAACGCCAGGAGGGCUCCGGCAGGCCCAGGGGUCGCCCAGCCUCAGCCUCUGGCGGGGUCAUCCCCAAGUGCGCCGGACGGAGGGGAGGCCCUGUACGUCACCGCAGACCUUACACUGGAGGACAGCCGGCGGAUGGUCAUCAUGGAGAAGGGGCCCCUGUCCGGCCCCAACGCGGGACUGGAGGCAGCCAGCGGGCAGGGACCGAGCUCACCAGCAGCCCAGGCGGGGCAGGGCCUGGCGUUCCAGGAGUGUGCAGAGUAUCGGCCUAAAGAAGAGGGUCCCAGGGACCCGGCGGACCCAAGCCAGCAGGGCAGAGUGAGGAGCCUGCGGGAGAAAUUCCAGGCCUUGAACUCCACAGGUGCUGCUUUGGCACAUGUGGAGGGGAGAGGGUGGCCCCUCGUCUCUUGGCGCCCUGAAGACUGGCCCAUGGGAACAGUUGAGGGAGACUCUUGCUGCUAUCUGCCCUGGAGCAGGACAUGCCCUCAGAUGCACCAGAGGCCUUCUUUAUUGCCAGGAACAGAAGGUUCUUAGAGUGAGCUGAAGGGGCUCAUCCGGGGGUUUCCGAUGCUGCCCAGCUCCAGGGCCCACCCCUGCUUCAGACAGAUACUCCAGCUCCUACUGAGUCAUCCGUGGGGCUCUGGCAAGACUUCAAAUGAAGAAAGGGUUCUGCUGCUAAGACAGGACAGAAGAACAUUUGUGGUAGGAUGUUGUAUGGGAACCCUUCUGUUACUUUCCACUUGGGUCUAAAACCCCAAAGCUAAGGGCACCAGGCCCUAAGCCUCCCCCACCACCUUCUAAAGGGAGACCCAGACCUUCCCGGGUCAUGGUGCAGGGCCGUGACCUGCUCCCCAGGUCCUGCCUCCGUCAUUUGGUGGGGAUUUCUUGGAGUAGGGCAGUGGCUCCUAACCCUGGCUGCCUUUUACAAUCACCUCGGGAGCGUUAACAAAGGAUGCCGGGACCCAUCCUCAGGAUGCUGAGUUAACUAGCCUGGAGUGGGGUCAGCACACUGGAAUUUCUUAAUCAGCUUUUCAUGCACUUGAAUGUGCUGCAGGGGUAGAGAAUCACCACCUAAGGAGUCACUGCUCCAGGGAAAGUCCGCGGCUUUUACCUCCCUGCUCCUCCCCGUAGACAGGAUCCUCCCAGCCCCUGCCCAAGCCAAGUGAGGGCCCUCCAGUGGAGCCACGUGCUGGUAUGUCAGGUGCGCAUGAGAAGGGGAAGCAGACCUCUUAUUCCCCAGCUGGGUACACCCUUAUGCAGAGGCCUUUGUGCCACUGCACCAGGAGAGAGGGCAGGACAGAUUGCAGCAGCAAGGGGCAGCCAGCCUCCGAGUGCAGCACGAGAAUGCCGGCUGGGGCAAGAAUGGGCGGGUCUCCUAUGUGCCCAGCACCAAGGAAGGCCACCCUAGCUUGAGACAUCUGGCCAGAACCCUGUCUCAAAGGCCUGACUGCUAGAGACCUUACAGCACCAGGUGGGAGGGGUCUUGUAGGCCCCAAGCAGGUGGUAUCUGGACACCUGAAGGACCAAGGGCACUGACAGCCCAAGAGGACCAGAGCCAACCCAGGCAGUAAAGAGACACUGCCCCCUUUUCUACUCCCUGUCCCAGCUGAAGAUGGAGACCCAGGAGAAUGUUGGGGAGGAGCCAGGAAACAGCAGACCUUGUGCUCCCCAUCGUGGGUCCUUCAGACCUUGGGUUGAAGCCAAAAUAGAGAAAUGGAGAAUGAGAGAUAUGGGCACCAUACUGGACAUCAGAUUGAAGCUUCAAACUGAAACAGACUGGUUAGACUUUUUAACAGCUAAAAGUGACCAGGGUCUGCCUGAGCUGGCACUAAGGAAUGGGAAGCGGAGGCUCAUCGGAGAUGUCUGAAGGCAGUGGUUGGAAGAAAGGUAAAGCUGGUCAUGGCUGUAUCCCAUCAAAUUAGGGCUGUUCAAUAAACAGUUAGGUUGGGGCUCCCUAAGAUUUCAUUUAAAGAAAGGAUAAUAUGGCUGGAAAAGUUGGAAAACACUACCCUAGUCUAACACCUUCAAUCUAUGAGAAAACCUGUGCUCAGAGAGGUUAAGUGAUUUACCCAAGGUCACACAGCUAAUAGAUACCAGAGGCAAUUAAGAGCAUGCACUCCAGAAUUGGACAGGCCUGAGUUUUUACCACAUCUGUAGGGCUCUCAUCUUUUCCUGUCUUAGAGUCUCUUGAGAGUUGUGGCUGGGCCAUGCCCAUCUUUAUGCAUCUGGCAGUAUUUAUAUCUUUGAGUGCCAGCAAAGAGCCAGAGUUGACCACAAGGAUCUGAAGGCUCUAAAGCCCUGCCUGGAUCCUCCUCCAGCAGGGAGGAGGGGCAGGAGUGGCAGGGUUGGAUUUGGGAGCCUGCGUUUGGGGUGCUUCUAUGGACCCAGUCAGGCCAACCCUCUGACUUGGGCAUAACUGUUGGGGAGGUAGUGAAGCCUUUCAUCCUCUAUCUCUCCAGCUGGCUGUGCUGUUCCUCCUGGUGAUGGGCCAGGCCCUCCCCACACCUGCUCUGGGGGCCUCAGGGAAGAUGUGUGGCAGAUGCUGGGAGGAAAACCCAGCAGACCCUCACAACCAUGUUCACCCCUCUCACCCAGCCUCUUCCCUCCUGGGACUGGUUUUACUAGAGCCCUGUGUGUCCAUAUUUUCUUCCUAUACUUUUCAUUUCCAUGCCUCCUUCCUUUCGGGAGCUCUCCUCUGAAAAUAGAGAUGAUUUUUCCA